UUCCUCGGAUUGGAGAGACUGGUUGGGAAAGGAUCCGCCUCUCUCUCCGUCUCUUCUAGCUCUGUCUGCGAGUCUUUGGGGUUGCGCGGUUGGAGAGGGAUGGCGACCCCCGGGAACUCUCUCUGGGCGUCCUGUCGGACGGGAAGCUGCCCAUAGACACCCCCCUUUCCACCCCCACAAACCUCCUUCCUCCUUUAAAGAAGGAUGGCUCACUCUUCUCCUUCUUAUGGUUCUUGCAAGAUCAAGUUGCGUUUCCUUCGCCACUCGAAGGGACGGCGUUGAAGUCGCCAAAGGAAACGGGGCUAUCAGUCGCCCACCCACCCUCCUGGACCCUUCCCCACCCACCCUCACCCUCCCCAUCCUCAGUUUCCAAGGCACCACCCCGGCUGGAGUAGGGAGGCGCCAGAAAAAAAGAAGAAGAAGAAAAAGAAGAAGAAGAAGAAGAAGCAGAAAACUUUCCAUCCUCUUUCAAGCAUCUUCUCUGGCUCGGCUGCGCCUUGCGCUGCGCGGCAUCACUCGCUGCGCGCCCUCUCCAGGGUGUGUGUGUGUGUGUGUAAAAGGAGCCUUCCCUGGAUGUCCGAGAAUCGGGAAAAACUCGGGGGUGGGUGGGCACAGGCUCUUGUCUUCCCGCCUCCCCCGUCUGGAGGAGAAACCGACCGGGAGAAGGCGCUCGAUCGGAUGUGGAUGGAGGAGACGAACCGGGGACGCAUCCUUCAGGCAAAAAGAAAAGGGUCGGCUUGGGGAUCCGGCUUGAAGUCUUGAAAAAGCGGCUCCACCCGACCCCCCACCCCCACCCCCCACCCCGGGGGGAAGGAAGGCGAGGCGAGAGGAGGAGGAGGGGGAGGUCUUCAGGAUGGGGGCUGCGCCCAGCGGCCUCUUGGCUGUCAGCUCACUCUUGGGAGUCCUGCUUUGCAAAGUGGCCAUGGGACGUGUUGCCUUGGACAAUGUCCAGAAAUUUUCAUCUUUAUCAGCAUAUCUACCUGUAAAAUAUCAGAUCUCUGGCACCGAGUCCUCAUUUUUCCUUCGAGAAGCCAACCGUGAAUUUAUAAAAAACUCAAGUUUGCAAUCUCGCGUGGAAACUUUCUUUACAUACAAAACUAAGAAGAGGCCCAUCGUCAGCGUUAGCUAUGGACCGUUCUUGGUGGAACAUGAUGUCCCUCAGGAUCUGCUGUUGACUUCCAGUUCUUUUGGGUCCACCAACAAGUUUACAUUCAACUGGAAGCUGAAAACCUAUAUCAUGAGUGAAAAGAUCUACUUGACGAAGCCCAAAGUCCAGAUUCUCUUCUACAUUGUGGGGAGAGAUUGGGAUGACUACAGCAUGUCUGAACAGCUUCCUUGCAUGCAUGUUUUUGCCUUUUGGGAAACGUUGGGAGUCCGGGGUAGCUGCAGACUGAAAGGAGACCUGGGAUUAUGCGUGGCUAGUUUAGAUCUUCAGCCAACCUGGUUUAACCCACCCACAGUUGUCACCGGCCGUAAGAAAAUGGCCGACCGGUCUGAUGGGAUCUCGGUAGAGCUUUAUUACGCGAUCCACCCUGGAGGUGAAAAUGGGGAGUGUAUUACUGAAGACCUACGGAAGGGUAAUGCAAUCCGUCCAGGAAAAGAAGGGGCAGGGGAAAGGAUGUCCCACUUACAACGCAUUGGGUCUAUCAGUCUCCACCAGGCACCGGAGAGUUCUCAGUUGACUGAGUUGUGGUUGGACAGCAACAUUGUCAUCCAGCUGCCGUUGAAGCCCGUCAAACAGGGAGAAGUCGUGAGUGCUUCUGUGACAGUUACCAACAAUAUCACGGUGGAUCAAUUUAUUCUCAGGGCAAAAGUGAAGAAAGGGGUAAACAUCCUGAGUGCCAAAAUUAGUGAGCUACGGCAGUGGGACGUGAUGCAGGAGGUCAGUAAUGGCGGGAAGCAUUCAACGAUUGCUGUCAUGUGUCACAGAAUCAAGGCGAAUUCACGCGGCAGAAGCAACAACAAUAACAUGUUCAGCGAAGUUGUGCGACUGAAUUUUGAAAUUGCCAGUUUCAGCAGCCUUUCGGGGACCCAGCCAAUAUCCUGGCAAGUGGAAUAUCCUCAGAAGAAGAUGACAGAGAUGGCCCUUUCUGAAAUUUUCAUUUGCCAAAAGGAUCUCGUGGGGAUUGUCCCACUAGCAAUGGACACGGAUAUCUUGAACACGGCCAUCCUCACUGGGAAAACAGUUGCUGUUCCAGUCAAGGUGAUUUCUGUUGAAGAAAACAAUAUGGUGAUGGAUAUCUCUGAAUCGGUGGAAUGCAAGUCUUCUGCUGAGGAUGUGGUUAAAGUCUCUGACCGAUGUGACUAUGUUUUUGUCAACGGCAAAGAGAUGAAGGGAAAGGUGAAUGCCGUGGUGAACUUCACGUACCAGUAUCUCAGUGCCCCCCUGCGGCUGACGGUUUGGGUCCCACGCCUGCCUCUUCAGAUUGACGUGUCUGACACGGAGCUGAACCAGAUCAAAGGUUGGAGAGUCCCCGUUGUUUCCAACCAGAGAUUGACGCGAGACAGCGAUGAUGAAGAUGAAGAUGAGCGGAAGGGAAGGGGCUGCACCCUCCAGUACCAGCAUGCCAUGGUGCGGGUCCUCACCCAGUUUGUGGCGGAAGAUGCCAGCCCAUCCGGGCAGCUGUCCUAUUUGUUGGGCGCCGACUGGCAGAUUGACAUAACAGAUUUGGUGACGGACUUCAUGAAGCUCGAGAAACCUCACGUGGUCCAGUUACAAGGAGGCAAGGUUCUGGUUGGGCAGGAAGUUGGCAUGACAAUGGUCCAGGUCCUUUCUCCACUAUCUGACUCCAUCUUGGCCGAGAAGACCGUGACGGUGUUGGACGACAAGGUGACCAUCACCGAUAUGGGAGUCCAACUAGUCGCUGGGUUGUCCCUUGUCCUUCAACCCAGCACGGCUAGUCCUCAAGCUUUCGUGGCUACCACCAUCGCUCAAGACUUGCUCCACACUCACAAACAGGAGGCUAUGGUGAGCUCCUGGAUCCAAUUCAGCGAUGGUGCCGUGACCCCACUGGACAUCUAUGACCCCAGAGAUUUCUCUCUCUCUGCUUCCUCACUUGAUGAAUCGGUUGUUUCGGCCCAUCAGAGCUCUGCUGUCAAAUGGCCAGUGGUGGUAGCAGAAGGAGAAGGGGAAGGCCUGUUGGUCAAAGUAGAUAUGAUGAUCUCUGAAUCUUGCCAGAAAUCCAAGCGGAAGAGUAUCCUAGCAGUUGGCAAUGGAAACAUCAAAGUCAAGUUUGGCCAGAACGAUGCCAACCCCCAUGGUCUUGGAGAUUACAGUGCCGAGGAAAUUGAAAACCACGCCAGUGACCGGAGGCCGAAGGUGUUUGACCAAGAACACCAUGGCCAGGAAGGACAAUAUUACAGAAGCUCUUCUGCUGAACGAGAAGAAGGCCUUGGAAGGAAGACGGGUGUGACAGCCAAGUCUACAAUCAAAAACAAAGCCUUCAAAAGUAUCCCUGAAGGAGAUAAGCUUUCAGAUGAAGGUCUACUCCAGAACAUUCCGAUUGACUUCACCAACUUCCCAGCUCAGAUCGAUCUUCCCCAAAGCAAUAAUGGCAUGGAGGACAGCGACCUGGUUGAGACACCUAGAGGUCUCAGUGACUUGGAGACGGGGAUGUAUGCCCUGUUAGGAGUCUUCUGCCUCGCCAUUCUGGUCUUCCUAAUCAACUGUGCCACCUUCACAUUGAAGUACCGUCACAAGCAGCUUCCCAUGGAAGGGCAGACUUCCAUGAAUCACUCUCAUGACUGGGUGUGGCUUGGGAAUGAAAUGGAGCUGUUGGACAACCCAGCAGAUGUCUCGCCUCCACCAGAUGAGUGCACCACGAUCAUAGACCAAGGGAUAGGCUUUGACGCGGGCAGUCAACUCCUCGUUGGCACACCAAAAAAACUCCCGAGUCAAAGCAGUCCCAAAAUUCAAUUGGGGGACAAGCAAAUCAGGGACCUGAAGCAGGAACAUCCUUUGCAUUCGCCCGCCUCCAAGCGGAAACGGGUCAAAUUUACCACGUUCACUACCAUCCCUCCAGAUGACGGUUGUCCCACCGUCAAUUCCAUCCUCAAUUGUAACGAAGACGACAUUAAGUGGGUUUGCCAAGAUAUGGACCUGGGAGAAUCGAAACAGAUCAGGAACUACUUGGAGAAACUCAAAGACAAAAUGUAGCAUCACUUCUGGGUUUUAAGAGUUAACAGCCACACCUUGAUGCCUUCAGAUGCAUUGAAAUAUGUGAAUAAAGAAAUAUAUGCAUGAACUGGAGUGGGAACUGAGUAGAUGAUGUAUAGGACCAAUUUUGAUAACCCAGCAGAUACGUUCUUUGAUAAACCCAGCUAGGUAGCAAUGUCUAAUCAAGCUGGACUGAUUGCAGAAAACAAAUCAGAGUUGGACCUGGUUAAGUCUUUGGAUAGAAGAACAUCAUCAAGAUGUUCUCGAGCUGUAGGCUCUACUGGGAAAUAAUAACCCAACCAGAAAGAGCAAAUUAUUUCCAUAUUGUUGCCAAUGAUAUUACAAGGAUGUUUUCAUAAAAGUUCAUUCCAUGUUUAUUAUUUGCUAAAGCAUAUUGGCUAAUGUCUGUGGAGAUUCUCAGUCAUCCAAGUCAUGGUUGUCCCAAAGGCGCUUUUUCAAGAGGCAACUGGACUUGCUGGUUUUUCCUUGAAGAUGUUUCGCUUCUCAUCCAAGAAGCUUCUUCAGCUCUGAAAGAAGCUGAAGAGGUUUCUUGGAUGUCGAUGAUAGGUGAUUUCUCCCACGUCCCAUCCUCUUCAGGCCAACUGUUUCUAAGGUCAAUGGAAGUUCCCAAGCAAUAGUUGGUGGAUAGGUAGGGCAGGAUGUCAUUAUGAAUCAGAAGGUUGGGUUUGGAGAGAUCAUCAACUGCAAAGUAACCAAAAGUAUUCUUUUUUAGAGAAAAAUCAACAUGGAUAGUGGAGAUAAAAGACCACACACUUUUUAGAUGUCUUGUAAAAGGUUUGAAAAGUCUUGAGAUUUAAAGAGAUCUUGAGGGAGUUAUCAUGGUUGAUUUACCAUUCCUUGAGCUGGAGAGAAAUGGGGAUGACGUCUUGUACAAGAGAAUGAAACUGGGCUCAUUUUUGGAUUCAGCUGCAUUAUUUAUUUAUUUUUGAAGAUUCCCAUAUGGAAAUUUGGUUCUCCUUCUCAUCCCACUUUCUUUCCCAACACCAUUUUUCUACAAGUCAUUUGGGGGGCAGGUGAGACUUAUUUUACAGGUAUUCCAAUCCCAAAUUUUCCCUUUGGUCCAAAACUAAUGUAAUCCAUUGAAAGGGUCUUGCCAUACCUGGAGAAGACAGCUUUGGCAAGGAAAUUCUAGACGUGUCCAUGAGCUUCUCCCGAUUUUAACCAAUGACAAAAGCAACACCUCUGCAUUGCCAUAGACGUUUCAUUCCCCCUUGUGUGUGAUGUCACAAUGCACAUAGAAAAGGGGUAGGGAACCACAACAUUGCUUUCUUCAGCCUAACUAUCAAUGGGUAGAUAGGACAUCCAACUCUGGUUGGUUCAGCCUUGUAGGGAAUAAGCACCACUCGACAUUGAGCGAUGUCUAAUCCACAUCCAUGUCUAUCUUUGAAAGUUGGGUUUUUUUAAUUUUUCACUACCUUGAAGGUGACCCAAUGGCCUGUUUGAGAGGGCAGAGCUGAUCUGGAAACCAGAAGGCCUUCCUCUCCUGCCUAGGAGACCAAUCAUUUUGAAAUUAUAACAGGUUAACAGAGUUGGAAGGGACCUUGUAGGUCAUCUAGUCCAACCCCUCGCCCAAGCAGGAGACCCUACACCAUUUCCGACAGAUGGCAGUCCAGUCUCUUCUUGAAAGCUUCCAGGGAUGAAGCUCCCACAACUUCUGAAGGGAACUUCUGUUCCAUUGAAUAUAGAAUAACAGAUUUGAAAGGGACCUUGUAGAUCAUCUAGUCCAUCCCCCUGCCCAAGCAGGAGACCCUAACACCAUUUCUGACAGAUGGCAGUCUAGUCUUUUCUUGAAAGCCUCCAGGGAUGAAGCUCCCACAACUUCCGAAGGCAACUUCUGUUCCACUGGUUGAUUGUCCUCACUGUCAGAAAAUUCCUCCUUAUUUCUAGGUUGAAUCUCUCCUUGUUCAGUUUCCAUCCAUGAUUCCUUGUCUGGCCUUCGGGUGCCUUGGAAAAUAGGUUGACGACCCCCUCCUCUUAGUGGCAAACCCUCCAAUAUUGGUCCAUUCUAAGUGGAGCAGAAAUGAGUUCAUUCUAAGUGGAGCAAAAACCCCCGGUAUUCCAGCUUUUCAUUCUGGUUCUCCUUCCCUUGAAACAAAAGUCAGUCCUAGUUCAACAGACCUGGUUGGAUGGAUUCACACGACCCAAUGAACCAGAGCUGGUCAAAUCUGUGUGAUUGCCAUUUCCUUGGUUUAGCUUGGCUGGUGUUAACCUUGAUUAGCUGCCUCUGGGUGUAGUCCAGCGUAUUAACUCGGCCCAGGGGUUCACAGCUGGCAAUGUUGUAUGAAUUCAGAAAAUCGGUUCAUUCAGUCACCCAGGUUAAACCUGUUGUGCGAAUGAAGCUUCUGAAAGCUUUCCAACCUGCUUGCGAAGUGGGGAACAUGCUCUGUCAAUCAUCGUUAGGGAUACUGAAAUGCCUCAUUGCGCUUUCUCCCACCCAAAACACCUGUCUAUUUUUUUACUUCUUUCUUUGGGAUGGCCUCCAUCCAUGGAACUUGACACCUUAUAAUGUAGACCGACCUUUUUAUUACUAUUAUUAUUAUUAUUAUUAUUUUAACAAGACUGGCCUGGUAUUCACUGUAAACUGAAUGAAUGUAAUUAUUUAUUUCUACGUGUUCACAGUUGUCAUUAAAACGUUUCCAUGGCUUGGUUAAAAGUAAA